AUGAAUUUUACUUACCUCGUUCUUUUGAAACCUUCAGAAAUACGUUUCACUAAGAACGUGCUUGCAUCCAAAUUUGACAACGGAAUUCCUCUGCUUGAGACAUUUACUCAGCUCAAAAAUGGAGAAAUUCUGCUGGAAGAUAUUCCGCUCAUCGAAGUGGUAUUUUACCCGGAGAAGUGGGAAUGGUACACCUUGAAUAACCGAAGGCUCUGGGUCUUGAGAGAGCUGGAAAAGGUUGGGAAAUGCAAUUAUGUCAAGACAAAAAGGGUUGAAUACGUGGAGAAUGUGUUUGAUUACCCCUCACUCUUGUACGGCUCUGCUUCUCUGAAGGAAGACACUCGUUCGUUUUCAUGGCGCGGCGACAACUUGCAAAUCACAACACGGCGCACUCCUUCGAGAGACGUGGAUAUACUUCUCCAAGAAGAUGAGCGACAGUCGUAUUUUUACAAGAAAUGCAGCCGCAGGUACAGCGAGAGAAGUCUGCAACGGAAAAUGAGACACCGCCAUCGUUGUAAGAAACGGCAUCGUCGCUUUCACCCGUAUGCAAGGCACAGCUUGCGUGACGAGACAGACGAGAGAGCAGGUUAUGAUGAUGAUUCUCAACAAGGGGUAGCGGUGGAGAAGUACACCAGGGAGCGUAAAAAUUCCGGGUCUUCUGAUUAUUCAGGCUAUGAAUACGGUUUUCAGUUUAGUUAUACCAUAUGGUACAAGCGUCGCCAAGCGUUUUUACACAGUGUUUACUGCUUUCGUACAGGCCGUCUGAAAAAUCCGUCUCGCUUUAUUGAUAUCCUUUAUACCUGCGGCGUUUGCUUCAAGAGCUUCAAGUCCAAAGUCAGUUUGAAUCAACACAGCGAAGAGCUUUUUCACUGGGCUUGUGUGCGCUGUGGGAGGUUUUUCGAAAGUCACACUGCGCUGGGACAACACAAACUUGCUUUGAAUCACACUAUCUGACUAUUUGUUUAUAAACCUUGUUAGGUCGUUCCUGAGCCUAAACGUUGUUCAUGUUCUAUGUUGUAGUGACAGUAAUAAAAGCGAGAUGAAGAAUGUACACUCAUUUUAAAAAUGAAUGUUUUAUUGCAUGACAGACAGUCUCGAUUGCGUUAUGCUUCGUGUUCCGUUACAUUUUAGGUGUCCCGAAAUGUUAGGUAAAUUAAUUAACGGAUUAAUUAAUUGACUUGAAUGAUUUAUUUAUAAUAAAGGUAUAACCUUACAAGUAACCAUGAAAAUUAUGCUAGUGUUUAACAAAAUGAUCCAAAAUUUACCAUUUAUAAGAUGUUAUCAAGAACUAGUAAUAAGGAGAAAAAAAUAUGAAAUGUCUGAAGUUGUACAUUUUAAUUCAUUGACUAAUUUCUCUAGGUAAAACGCAUCAGUGAUUGUUUGCCUUAUUCAUGACAUAUAGUUCCAGAGAUGCCAGUUCUAAAUUUAAUGCAAGGGUUGUAUGUUUAGAAGUCAACUAAGAAUCAAAUAGAGCGGAAUUUCAAUUUAAUAUGUUUGUUAAAAAUGUUGAAUAAAUCCUAUGUUGUUUAAAAGUGACCUGGUAAUGUUUGAAGAAUUUUAGACAUUUUAAAAAGAAUUUUAGAGCUUUUUUCGGGGAAGUUCGGAAAAUAAUUUUUGGGCUUGUUUCGGGAAUUAUGUACCUAAUUAAGCUUAUAUUUUGGGUUUUAGGAGGGCUCACUGGAGCAGAGUGGCUUACAAUGGCGGUAAAGAAAAAGUGCUUCCAAACAAGCUGUAGCCAUGCUAAUCAAAAUAUAGGCUGAGGGCAGUUUAUCUAUUUCUUCAGAUUUAGCAGUCAUGGCAGAUCCAGACCUUCAGAUAAGGCGGGGACCCGGUCAUCCAGACCUUGAGAUAGGGAGAGUGGCAGUCACAAAAAAUUUUUUUCGGCCUUUGGGCCUCAGUUUGGUCUAAAACUAAGGGGGCCCUCCCCUAGUCUCCCUCACAGUCGUGUCACCCAAUGCUCCCCAUGACAUCAAAAAACGGCUGCCAGGGAGACUACCCCUCCCCUGGAUCCCCCACUGUUUUGUAAGGGAGUGCACGCGCAUGUGAGCGUUGUGCAAAGCCGCUCGGCGUUUAAGCAGGGACUUUUUUCAAUGAGGCAAGCCAACCGGACUUUUGCACCUGCACACUUGAGACGUGAUUUUGCAAAAACGUUUGGGCAAAUCGUCAGGCUAUAAGAGUAGAGACACUCAUCCAUACAAACUUGGAUGCGUCAAGGAAUUACAGGAGGGAAAAAAAGCUCACUUCUGGUUUACGUGCGUCGCACAAAAACGUUGCAAAAAAUUCCCAGAUAACAAUCCAUCACGCGCGUUGUCAUUUUCGUGUCUCGCGCGUUUUGCUCGAUGGACUGAGAAAAAAGAGUGGCUUCUCGUAAUAUAAUAUACUAGUUUAGCUUUAAAACGUCACAAUAAAUUAAAUUCGGAGUGGGGCGGAGUAAGAGGGAGGCCUCUAUCUAAGAGGGGGGGUAUAAACAGAUGUUUUAGCUUACAGUACAGGUAGAUCCGGAUAGGCCAAUAACUUGGUGAGGAGCGGGGGAGGGGUGUUUAUAAGCGGUAGUUUAUAAACGCGACCCCCCCCCGCUCGCUUUCGCGUCUCCUCUCGCGUGCCUCUCGCGCGUCCACUUUUCACGAUAUCCCCCAAGUGGAGAGCUUGCUCGCAGGCUACGGUAUGCGCCGAAUUUUGUCCUGGUUAUUGAGGCGUCACGCUAAGCCGCAAACAUGACUAAUCCCUGUAGUUCAUCAAUGAACACAGGUUGCCACCGACAUGGGUAUCAUGUUCACUUGCCAGUCCUUCUUGCUGUGACCAUAUAUAGUAUAAGCUCGUCGCGAGUGCUUUGUUGUUGAAAGCGUAUGAGCAGUUUCUUUCAGCUUUGUACUGUACUUUGCGUUUGCUGCUGAGGACACCUUUUGUCUUGUCGGGUAAGUUGUUUCAAAGAGUCUCAGAGCAAAGACAAAUAAUCUUAAUAUGUAUUCUGUGCUUUUGUAACGAAUGAAAGUCUGAUCAUGCCUUCGAGGUCAAACAUCUGUUAGAUUAGAAUCUUACGAGUUUAGAACACAAUGAGUUGUUCCCAGAGAUCGGAAUGAUCUCUUGGUUGUUAUCAUCUUUGAUAGCAUUUUUAACAUAAAAAACUGGCGUGUUUCUUAAACUGGGUAUCGUUUUGAAGUCAAAAUAAUUCUAAAAGUGCAUUCCUCCCCGGGGCCUUAGCAUCCCGGAGGGGGAACUCCUUGUAGCCUUACUCGUUCCCAGUCGUCUCUUAUCAUUUGUAGGCGGUCACGGAACGGUCAUCACGGCACCUCGGCGAAAGGGACGAUAGGAAGGAGAGAAAGGGAGAAUUAUUCUACCUCCCGCAGCGCACGUCUUACACGCGACGCGCUUCGCCUUUAAUGUUUAAUUUUAAGGACUUUAUAAGAGACAAAGGGGAUGAAUGGACUGGGUAAACAGUUAUACUCCCCCGGAUUGCGUUACCGUUUUCAAUAAGAGUAAGGAUUUCACAAUUUGAGGUAUAGAAAACAAAAGGAAAGCUAUCAUAGUAUUAAAAAGGGCGUUUCAAAGUAACUUAGAGUAUUGCAGCUAAGACUUUUAUCCCAUUUUCUGAAAUUUGUGAAUCAUUUACCGAAGCGCUUCAGUCAUGUCCAAUACUGUCGCACUGUUAUCUCAAGCGCUUUUGUGGCUAUGAAAGGAAAACCAGUUUCUAUAGAAGGUAUACAAAAAAGGUACCUUUUUUUGGUUAAAAACCGUGUUUAAAAAUAAGUACCUCAAGAUAUGAAGUCAAACCCUUUUUUUUCUUUCUCUUUUUUUUUUUGGCCAUUAUUAGUGUCUGUAUUGUAACAUGUGGCUUUGUGAAAUGUGAAAACAGCGUCAGGUUUACUUAGCUUUUGUACGGACCCCCCUCCCCUACAACGGUAUUGUAGCUGAGUUUUUCUUUUCACUGCGCUUUGUGAGUAGUACUCUAUAUUCUGCUACUGAGGUGUCAAACAAACUCUUUUUCCGAAUAGCUUAUCCAACCAUUCGCGAACUGGCGAACAGCAUGAUAAAGCGGAGUCGAGGGUGCUCUUAGUCCAGGGGAUGGACAAAUUCUUCCUACAAUCCUUAACUCUAUUCCAACCCCGAAAUAUGCGAGUUUAAUAUCUCACCGGACCCUGAUUUGCCCUUGACCGAAAUUUUGAUACAAAAAUAUUAAAUAGCAGCCAGUCCACAGCGACAAUUGACAAUUCUAUUGGUAUUGUCAUUCCAGAAGGAAUACUGACAUGCACUUAAAUAAGUGUCAAAGGUAACAACACAAUUUAUUGCUUUUAAAACGUGGCAGAAACCUGCCAAGUGAAAAAGAGUUCGAGGAAAUUAGCUGGGUUUGCAACUUAUGCUAUAAUUACAGAAUUCGAUACCUUUGACAUUUCAGGGCCGUCCAUUUGCAGCACGUACACUCCGACACACGAUCCCAGUUACCCAGGAACGAAACGACUAGGUUUCCGUCAACAUUUAAGAAAUCAGAAGAGCUUUAGCAGCUCUGACCGCAUGAUUCAAGGUAUCUCAGUGUAAUAACCUCAAUUUAACACCGGUUCUUUUAAUUUUACACAACAACAGUUAAAUUCCUUCACAUAGUUCUAUAUCCAAUUUCACAACAGAGGUGAGCCGACAAGCUAAAAAAAAUCCCUUUGGCGCUUAACAUACAUUUGGGACCUAUUUUGAGAAAACAGGAGUGGGUAUUUCAGUGCUUUCACAAUUUUUAAAAUAUUGAUACACAAGGUUUUCAUUGCAGCUUUUCUUGCCCAGGAUGCGCCCUGUAAGCAUUCUGCUGCCUGUUAUCUUGCUUGCCUUGGUGGUUCAAAGUGAAGGCUCAAGAACAUGCCAGCGGCCUUCCUCAUGGAAGAUUGAUCAACUGAACCCAUUGGCUGAAGCACGCUCUAAGGGUCACGUGGUUAUCUUUGGACUACUGUUGGCCAGCUGACGAUUUUGUCAGUGGCAGGCUAGCCAAAUGAACGUCAUGUACAAGAACGUAGUCUUUAAAAGGUAACACUUAAACGCGCAUGAAUCUACACACCUAUCGCACCAUGCAAUGACGGGUUUAUAGGGUCCUACGCAGACAAGGUCGUUUGGGUUCGUCACGCAUGAAGAUUGCGUAACGAGCCCUAAGGACAUCUCCUUGUGAGUAGUAUGCUAGUAGCUUACAGGCUAAGACUUCAAACGUAGUGUUUUGCAGACAUAACACGACUCAACCUUCUCAAUGUCCUCUUCAUUUUUUUUCUCCUGCGAACCGCCGGUCGCAGUCAAAUUUCAGCUCUCGCUGCUUUGCCGGAGAAGGUUUUAAGGAAGGAAAAACGUUUUGAUUUACGUGCUAUCUCUUGAUUACUAGGAGCCUUCCGGCUUUAUGAAAUUUAUCCCAGUAAAAAGUUUAAACAUGGUCACGACCGUUGCACUGAGUUUCCGUAUUUAAAAUUUCAAAUAAACUGUUUGUGUAUGGGACUUAAAUGAAGAGAUCUCUACCAUUAAGCAAGGUUGAAAAUGUCAGAAAUAUAGGUUCGUGACCAGGAUCAAUACUGCAAUUCCCUGGAUCAUCUCCAUUCGGGGGAUUACAUGGAUAUAAGCAUUUCUUUCUAGGCCACUGCGACAAUCCCAAUCGUCUGGAUCAUCGCGCAUUGCACCAGAGCUGUUCCCAUGGGACAUGUAUUAGGGCGAUAACAAUAGCCGGAAUAGAACUCAGGUCUACGUCUGGAUCAUCUCGUUCUUGCCUAAAAAUCUAGGCAAUCGAAAGAUCUGGGCAAUUAUAAAAAAGCACAAUUUCAAAAGCUCCUUUUGAUUCAGGUGGUAACCCAAAGGUAAGACAAUACUUUCUAGUUUUUCACCUUUAUUUUGAAAUAGUGAAGUUAAUUUCAUGAGUACGUUUUCCCUCAUUUAGGAAUAUCACUGACGUUUCGUUCAUGAUUUUGAACAUGAAAAGGGCCGCCUCCACAAUCUCCCAGUUGACCAGCAGAGUCUCCUUUCCAGUCUACCAAGAGCCAGUUUCGCAAGAUAUCAUGGGAAUGCUAGGUGGUGCAAAAGACGAUAUACUGAUUUACGAUCGGUGCGGACUACUGGUUAAGCACUUCUCUAUGCCAUACAGCUACCUUGGAUGGCCAUUCGUCAGGUAAAUUGCAUCCUCAUAUGAGUUUGAAGAAACCUUUCAAGACGAGGACUAUUACGUAGACAAGAUUUUUGCAGUACUAGGUAGUGCGUACACGUGAACCAGCGUCAUUUUGGCGGGAAAACGUGAUAGAAAGGGGACUUCUCCCAAAAUGUUCGUAGCGGAAGUGAGGGGAAGAGCGAUAAAAUGCGGUAAGAAAAAAGAAGAAGAAAAACCAAAACAGAAAAGAGAAGAUUAAAACUAUUAAUGAUUACUAGGGGAAUCGGCAUGGUAGAAGUUUCCCCAAGCGUAACAACGUUUAUUUGCUAAAUAAGUACAAACCUGUUUAAGACGGACAGCGUUGCAUUGGGAUCGGUAGAAAGUUUACAUUGAGGUCAGGUGUCUCCAGUACCUUAUAGAGAGAGAGAAUAAUAUAAAAACGACUGUAAAAUGGCGGUGACCAGCUCCUUGAUGUCCGUUGUAGGAAAGUGUCCGCUUGUAGAGUUGUCGGUUUGUUGAGAGAGUUGACUUUACUGGUUAAAGGGCUGAAAGCAUUUUUUUUGUUUCAGAAACUCUCUGUGGGAAGUUAUUAACAAUCCAUCCAAAUGCAAACAAUAUUGUCCUGUCACGACCACGCCUAGUACGAAAAAAUCGUCUCCCAUCACCGCUGUGACUACUACCUCAAACAAGACCACAAUCAAUCCAAGUUCAUUAUCAUCGUCAGAGAGUGGGAAAUCACAGGUCGAAAGUCACAGCUCUACUGCCUCGUCGCCUGUGACAAAGCAAGAGGGUUUGAACAACAGCAGCGAUCGGGGACAAAAAUAAUAAGCAAGGCACCAAGCACAAGAGAACACACAUUAUAAAACGCCUUUGGAGGCGCCCGUAACUCGCUACAAAAGUCGACUUUCCCCAUUUUAUGAUCAUAUGUUCAACUGACUUAAACAUUAGGGCACUCAGCGCAGAGCUGCAAAUGAAAAAUUUGGUCCCUGAAAAUGCGUUCCCCCCAGUGAAAAUCCUAACUUUGGUCGGGCGCCAUGACCGGACAGAUCAAAUACCGAAGACUAGCGUUUUCAAGCGUUGUAUAGUACUUAAAGAAAUUUAUGGGCAACAGUUAUUACGUAUGCCACAUAAGUUUUCCUGGUUUGUUCGACUAAAAUGUUUGCCAGGGGGUACUUACCAGUUACAUGGGAUAACCGGAAAUUCCGACCACUUCGCGCCAGGCAAAUCACACUACAAAUAGCUCAUUCUGAUUGGUGAAUCUCGCGCCAUUCCGUUUGAAAAGCGUCAGAAAAUAUGGGCUGUGAUUUAAGCUGAAGCAAUUUUCUCCUUCUUUUUAGUCUGUGCAGAUGAUUUGGAUAUACUUUUUAGCAGGUCAAUCUUCCACCACGUAAAAUUUUAUAUUUUUAUGUUUAUGCACAAGAUUUUCAACCGGAUGGUUUCUGUAAAUGGUAAGCACCUACGGUUUAUACGGUUAUAAUAACAGCAAACUUUUGCAGCCCUGCCGCUAUGUCUUUCAAUUUACAAACUCUCUUCAAAUGCGAUAAGAAAACAAGGAAACCAAACUGAAAAGUUGUAUGCUUUGAUAGGCGUCCGACAACAUCUGUAAAUUUGAAAAAGCGUAAUUGUUUUAAGAUAAAGAUGACUUCUAAGUUUUUGAAAGGUAGGUGUCUUCGCCAUGAUGAAGUUGCAUAAAAUCUUCAUUUGUAACUUUUGAUGCUUAGAAGGCAAA